GUUUGCCUCUUCCCCACUAUGUUCUACACUUGGUUUCUUCUUGCCUGAGAUAUAUUUAAGUUGGAUUUACUGACUGUGGAUUUCUUGCUCUCUUCAUUUCACCUGUCUGGACAGGUCUUGGUGAGCAAACACUUGACUCCUUCAACUUUGAAAAUUACUGUCUCCAUUCACUGAGUCACGUUAAAAAGGGAGCCCAUAGAGGAUAUGACUUGCAGGAAUCAUUAGUGAUAAACAGUUCACUGUGAAGUGAAAUGUGCUGGACAAUUGGCUCCCACUGAAGACGGCACCAUGGCCCUCUAUCUCUGAUCAAAAACUGUGGAAACGGAAGGAACCGAUUCAGGACAGUCACUGCUUCACCUGCGUCUUAUGAAAAAGAGAGAUACAACUGAGUGCAAUCUGCAUAUUGAUGACAUCUCAAGCCAGAUCUCCUGAUGACCUCUCCCAGAGGUUUCAUAUAGAUGUUAAACAGCAUGGGGAAAGAAUGGAACCUUGUGGCACCCCAAAGCACAACUGCCAAGCACCACCUUUUGGGAAUGGGCCUUGAGAGUAAAGAAUCUAAAGAAAUAUGACUACUGAAAACAUUUCAUAGAGAUAUUUCGAAUUGUCACUAAAGAUGGGUCACAAAGAGGGCAAAUAUAAGCCUAAGACAUCCAAAAUGGGUGCCUCUACAGCAUCUGCUAACAUAGCAGCUGAGUCAACCAGGGAUCAUGUGAAGAAUGCAACAACUACACUGCACAGCCAGUCAGAUUUAGCUACACAUUGAUAAAGAGCAGAAAGCCCCAUUUUGUGCUUCCGUACGAUAAAAGGAGAAUAAAGUAGCACAUUCUAGAGGAGACAUUCACCAAAGGACAUUGAACAUGGCUGAGAAAUGGUAGCCAAGAUAAUCAUCUACCUAUUUUUAUAUAUGAAAUCAUUGUUCUGAUAAUUUUUUUCAUGAUUCAUAUGGACAAUGCAAGGGAAUAAGAAACAUACAGAUGGACAUAGUGACUCAUCCAGCCUUGGAAGCCUCCUAGAUGAUACAGAUCGAGAGGUCUGCAACCUCACUGACCGAGCCUUCAAAAGCCUGUGUGUGGCUGAGCUUGAAACAUCUUACACAGAAUCUGAUCCAAUUGUUUCACCUAAGAUUUCCCAUCAGUUCUCUAGUAAAUUCUUCCAAGGCCCAAAUACUGUCUCUAACAAGUUCUUGUCAAAAACUGAGGGGCAUUCAACAUUCCUGCACUUACUAAAGGAUGAAGAUAAAAAGGCUGUUACAAACAGUACUCCAAACCAAAGGAGAAAGCUGGGUUUGCCAAUGGGUCUGCGCAAUUACAAACAUACCUCAAAAGUGUCCUCCUUGAUAAAGACCUUUGAUAAAGCUGAAAACCAAGAUUCAGCCGCUAUUUUUAAACAGCCAAUUAAAAAUAGUUUGCCAAGACCUCAGUUAAUUUGUGCAGACAACCUAGCUUUCUGGGAUGGCAAAACAAUUUUAAACAUCCAUAAGGAACUCUCUGAAUUUUCCAAUGCAUGCCAAGAUGUGGCAAAUGCAGGUGGCAGACAUGAGAGGCAUAAAAGACACAACAAAAUGGAUCUGGUCUAUCAAGGUCCAGAUAGUUUUUAUCCUUCUCAGGCAGACUCUUCGAAUAGACUUAAAUCCAUUGUCUCCACUGUUUCUAAACAUAGAGUGAAAAACAUAACAGGGAAAGCCAAGGAGUCAUCUAGAAAGGGCCAUUUUCUUCACAGUGAAAACAGCGCCUUUGAAUCAUGGAAUACACAUCAUAAAAAACUGAUUGAAAUGGGGGGCUCUACUGAAAUCAUACCCAAAGAAGAGAACCUUACAUACUCUAAAGAAACACCUUUCUUUAAAGAAUCCCAAACAUGUAAACACAAAACAUCUCCCAUCAAGGUCACUGCUCCUGUAAUUGUAGAACAGGAUUUCUUAUCAGAUGCCUUUCCCAAAAAGCCUCUAUCCCAAGCCUCUCUCUCCCCAGUAUCCAAGAGACCUUUUCCGCCACUAUCUAUAACCAAAGAGAAUGUUGCACAAACAUUGAUAUCCCCAGUUUCUGGUCUACCAGCAUCAGUGUCCAGGAUUCCUGUGCCACCAUCCCUUGCAUCCCAAGUCCCUUUUCCACCAACAGUGCUUCCUCAGGUUGUUACUUCACCGUUACCCAUCAUCACGGCUCCUAUUCCACCACCAUCUCUGCCUCUGGUCCCUGUUCCAUCAGAAACUGUAUUCCACUGCAUGGAUACAGAUACAGAAAAGACUAAUAAUUCAGAAUUCAAGCUUUCCCUGGAAAAUGUUUGCCCACCCUGGAGGAGACAAAGGAGUAGUACCUUUAGGGGAAUGGAGGUGACAGAGGAUACUGUUACUGAAGUACUACAAAUGAAAGAUUCAUUGCACAGAAAUCUAUCUGUCACUCCUUUGGCUGAAAUGGCUGCAGCUGAUUCACACAUAACUUCAUCUGAUGUCUCUUCUUUCAAUAUCACAAAACUUUUAACUCCUGUUAUACUACCCAAGCAAGAAAAAGAAUCAUCAGAUAGUCUGUUAUUGCCCGUAACAUCUCCCAUGUCUGAGGCUGGAGGAGCCAAAGAAUCUGAGGAGAGAACACUUUAUAAUUCUCAGAAUAAUUAUAAGUCUAAAGCACCAAGUUUGUUAUUUAACCUGAAGGAUAUUCGAAAACGUGUCAAAAGCACUUAUAGUCCUUCUCCUCUCCUAAGAACCCUUGAAGACAAAAAGAUAAAUGAACAGGGCAGUAUAAAAGCAAAUAUUAUAGCAGCCAAUUUGCUAGAAGAGAGCAGUAAAAAAUCGAUAGAAGAAGAUGAAAAAGGUCUGAUGACAAAAGCUUCUGAACAAAUGGACAGCACCAAGGAAAUGGACAGUGUCACCAGUUCAAAUGGUCACCCCACUGACAAUUAUCUGAUUUUGAAUUCACCUUACUCAAAAGAAGACACUUCAAGUUACCAAAGCAGAAAUAAUAUAUGGCAAGAUAAUUAUGUGGGCAUGGAGGACUAUGAGAUGGUCUCUGUGACUGAACUCCCCACAAAUGAAUACACUGUAAGUCAACAUGCUUUUUCAUACAAAUCUGAGCAGGAAGUGUGCAAACAUAAUGUCCAUUUACAGGGUUCUAAAAAUAAAAAAGUUGUUCCAAGUCAGAAUGCUGAUAUGGAAUCCCAGAUCUGCCCAAACUUAUUUUUCACAGCUGAAGAAAAUGUGAAUAAUAUCUGUCCAGCAACUGGGAAUGAACACAGAGGCAAAAAGAGCCCUAGCUCCUCUUCUGAACAUUCUUUUGUUUCCAUAUUAGACCAGCCUUUUCAUGAGGAGUCAUUUUCUCUAAUGCAACUGUUUCAGAAAGCAUGUCUUCAAGAAAGCCAGAGAAGUCAGGAGGAGGUGUGUGGCGAGGAAAAGCUAAGUAGCAAAGAAAUAGAAAAGGCAGGCAGGAAGGAGGAACAACAUGACUAUAACCUUAGCAACUGUUGCUCAAAUACAUAUGAAAAGUGUGAACGGAAGGAAGAGCAGAGUGAACAUGUGAAUAUGUUAGAAGAAAGAGUGAUGAAGGAGAAGAAAACAGAAAGAUGGAAAAGCGUGGAUUCUGUAUCAGAAGGCAAAUCAGAAGAGCCACUGACACCCACAUCAUCAAGUUCAUUCAAGCCCAAUUUAUUCAUGAUUAAAGACAACACAUUCAGGUCAUCCCCUGUGAUAAAAGCAGUCAAGCUGCCCUUGCUCAGAUCAUUGUCCUGUGAAGAUGCCAUUCCUGGCAGUCAUAUGGAGAUGGAAAAACAGGCAUAUGUGCCAAUUCAAGCCACCCAAAAUCUUCAAGAGAUAGACUGGACAAGAAAUAGAAACCAGCAGCAUGCAAGGGAUGCAGCAACUGAGCGAAAUGCUGAUGAGUCCAUCCCAGCAAAUGUGAGCUCUCAAGUGCCAGAAAAACCCCACCUAGCAGCACAAUGUACCCUUAGAGAAGAACUACAGAACUACAUGGGAGAUGAUGAAGGAGCUAAUAAUACCGCAAUGUUAUUACAUAAAGAUGAGAAAUGCAAUGAGAAACGAAUGACCCAAGAGAAAGAAAAGUCCAGAGCUGGAAAAGUGAGGCCUAGUUCUGCCAGUCAGCUAAAUCUUUGCCUCAAAUUUGACUCAGGACAAAAUAAGCAAAGGUCUACAAGAGAAAAGGAAAACUAUUUUAAGAAUAAUCUCUUAUCUAAAGGCAGAGGUGGUUCUUGUGUAAAAAAAAUAAUCACUCAGGAGACAAACUCUCCCAUGGUAUCAGAGAACCAGACAUGUUCUCCUUCUUCCAGUGAUGCUUUUGAAGAUGCAUUAGCUACAUCAGGCAUCCUAGUAAGUUCCAUUAUACCAAGUCCAAGGUCAGAGAGCACAGUGCAGUCUGCCUUCACAAGUCCAUUGUCGGAUACAACUGCUACCUGCAGCACAACACAGGCUGCAAAGAUAGCAAAUUCCUCUUCGUUCCACAGGAUAACCGAGAGCAGAGAUAACCCUUUUGCCAUGGAAACAUGUGAUCCUAUGCAGACAAGUCAACUCUCUGGAGAUGUUGAAAGUGUUCCUGUAACAAAUGAGAGGCAUCAGCUGAUGUGUCGAAUGGCAAAGACAGCAGCUAAACCCCCUGCCGUACCACCAAAAACAGAAAAGGCAUUACGGCGGGCAAAGAAAUUGGCAAGUCGGAGGAGAAAGACAGAGGCACAACAGAAAAAGAUUCAGAUUGAACCCAAACAGCUCUAUGGCGAUAUUGCACCCUCUUCAUCAGUCCCUUCACCACACUCUCCAGUAUGCUUUAAUUCACCCUUGACAGAAUCUCACCCCAUUCCAUCAUUAAGUCCCACACUCUCUUUACCUGCAACUCAGCGUAAACUCCUUCAGGAUCCUGACUCAGGAGAGUAUUUUAUUGUAGAUUUACCCAUUCAAUUAAAGACAUUUUAUGAUCCAGAAAGUGGAAAAUAUAUUCAAAUAUCAAUUCCUCCUUCAAAAAGAAACUUGUCUCAAACACCCUGUUCAGAGAUUCUCUCUUCUCCAUAUGUUUUGUACCCCACUGCGCUUCCUCUUAGAGUUUCAUCUGUUCCAGUCCUAGCAUCUCCUUCUCACCUUUUGGAACCUGCAUCACUAAUGCAAGGAGCACUCUUGGAACCAGCAUCAGACUGGCAACGAGAUGUUCAGCAUCCAGACCCUCCUACUAGCCAACCCUGUACUGAACCUGCUGUGUCUGAUAUUCACAGUCAAGAAGCUGAUGAGUCACAGUAUAGUUUUGAUAAGGACGUGAGCCUUUCUGCUAAUGCUGACAUCAUUUCAAUGGGUGCGAUUGAAGAUUUUGCUAUUGAAGGAAUAUCAUGAGAACAAAAUAUGCUUGUGAUUAUUUUAGAGCAAAAACAUAUGCACCCGAAGCACGCACACCCUCUUUAAUAUCAGUACAUACUUAAAAGGCUAGAUCUGAGUGUGAGUUAUGUUAGCAAGAAAACUGAGCGGUUGUCUCCAUUGUAAUUUGCAGAGGACACCCAGUUGUCCUCAAGGGAACUGGUGGACCAUAUGAAGACUACUACUACUUCUUUUUUCCAAUUCUUGAAUGAUUGGGUGUCACAUGAUGGAAAGUAGCAAGGAGCAAAUCCCCUUGUGGUAAAAGAGAAGGUGGAGACUUUAGCUUGACACAGCACGUACAGCUGAAAGAUGUACAACAAGAAACAAAUAUAAGAAUGAGAAUUAACUUUUUGUAUAUCAAAAGUUACAGUCAUUGAUAACCAUAUAUAGUACAUUGGAUGUACAAUACAGAAAUACUUUGGCCUGGAUAAGCAAAAGCCCUAUUAUUUGCACAUGGUACUAUAAAGUGCUGCUGGAGAGUUAGGUUGGGAUGAGUUUUCACAUAUACAAUGGAUACCUCAUGCCAGACUCAUCCUAAGAAAUAUCACUCUGGGUUAAAAUUUAAGGUUUGGAAUUUGAGUGACUGGCUGAAUGAGAUCUGGUUACUGUAUUUUCAUUGCAGCAUGUAAACUUUUCAUUGUUCCCAUUUUUUCUCUGCUUUUAUUAUGGUGGCACUCCAGAGAGGAAGAAAUUUCAUUUUGACUAUUUUGAUCAAGCAUGGUUGUGUGCCAGCAGACUAUUAAGUAGAACUCCCACAGAAUGCUAAAGACCCUGGACCUAAAACCUCUCAGAAUUAGUUUUCAAAAUAUGUAUCUCCUAUCAGUAUGGUCACCAAGCUGAAAAGAUGCAGAACUUCCCCUCGUGACAAAGUGGACUGGGACUGGAUUCAGGGCUUUUGAAGCCACCUGUGAACAUGACAAGACAUAAUGUAUGGUUUCCAGUGGGGGCAAUGGACUGUAGUUCUUUACCACUUUGGUUCUGGCCCAAAGUGACUGGCAAAUCUAAUCUCAAUAAGUAAAAUCUCUUUGGGAGAUAUCUACUUUUAGAAAUAAGCUAAAUAUUGUUAUUUGCCUUCUCUUUGCCUUCUGCAGUCCCAAGUAUGAGGACUUUCACAGAGAGUUUAAUAUCUGGCACAGUGUACAAAUAAGUCUUCUAUUUGUAAUAGAAAGGUAUCCUGCUCAUCCUGACUGCACAUCUCACCCAUAAUAAUCCAUCUCAGUGAGAAAGAUCAAUGUAAGAACUUUGUGACAGCCUUUGCCAGUUCCAGUUUUCAUUUUAAAAUAAAGAAAGAUUCUGUCCCUCAUAGUUUUGGAGAUACAUUUGAAAUCAUGAAAGCAGUAGCUGCAAAAAGAUCCAAUGUUAUAGAGGUCUGGAGCUUCUGUGUCCUUCAAAUUACCCGUUGUGUCCUCCAAACUACCUACAACGAUGUUGUUGUGUUCCUCUGCCCACAAUUCUAGAUCCCACCAGUUAUGCCUAUUCACAUUUCCCCUGCUACCACAUUGUCAAAAGUUUAAACAAUCAACAUUAUGUGAAUGUUUGGAAAUUGGGUCUGAACGAAAACAUGCAAAUUAUAGGAAUCAUUCAAAAUGGUACUAGGUCAUUGGCAUCCCUGGAUGUUUGCAUCUGGGUUUUAUUUUUGCAUCCCGGACAUUUGCAUCUCUAACCCAACUAUAAGCAAACCACAUGUUAUAUAUAUAUGUUAAGCCGCUUAUCCUGUCUAAUCAGUUAGUGUAAUUGUAGGCACAUGAUGGGUGCCUCGUUUGUGACUGAGCUACUUAUAAACAAAUCCCCACAUGUGUGUGGCAUGAUUAGAAAACAAAGGGUGGGAGCUGUCUCAACCAACCAACUUCAUUCUCCUUGUGAGUUCAGCACUGUUCUGAUCAGUCAAGAUUUAUAUAUGUUAAACAUUCCCUAUUGUGUAAUUUUUUUUAGGAACUAAGCUCGUGGAAUGAAGCAUAGGUGGAAACAUACUGUACUUGUUGAUGACGGAAAUUAUAGCUAUCACUAUCAUAAGAAAAAUGCUGCUGGCACGGAAACGUACUGGAGAUGUGUGGUAUGAUACUGCAAAGCAAGAGUUCAUACCGAGAGCGAUGUAGUAACAAAACAAAUUAAUGAGCAUAAACAUGGUUCUUGUGCUGCUGCAAUGAGAGCAAAAGAAUCGAUUUCAGAGUUGAAAGAAACUGCGAUAUCCUCACAAGAACCAACCAGACAUCUCACUGGAACAAUUUUGUCAAAACAUGAUGCAUUUUCAAUGGCAGAAAUGCCCUCUGUCUGGGGAGAAAUGGGGAGAAAUGUUAGUCGCUGGAGACAGAAAGCACAAAAUGCUCUGCCUAUACCAAACCAAAGAUGUAAUUAUGAAAUACCAGAAAAAAUAUUGUAUUCUCCCAACAGGACAAAGGUUUCUUGCAAUUGAUACUGGCAUAAAUUAUGAAAAUAGAAUGCUCAUCUUUGCUUCAGAAAAGGGUUUGGAUGACUUGUCACGAUUUCAGAAUUGGGCAGCAGAUGGCACUUUCAAAAUUUGCCCACAAAUCUACUAUCAACUGUAUUGCAUCGAUAUCCAAGAUGGUGCAUUCAGUAUUCCCCGUGUAUUUGCUCUUCUACCCAAUAAGACUAAAGAAACAUAUGACCGCCUAUUCAAGGAAGAAAGCUAUGGCCAUAAAGAAAAAAAUUGACUACCAAAGAGGGAUUAUUGUCCAACCCCCAGAAAUAAAAAUAUCAAUAAGCGCCUUCCAUCAUUACGAGGGGUUGCCCACAACACUUAAGUACUUUUUGAGUACUUAAAAAAUAAUUUUGAUGCAUGCAACAAUCUCUUUUUUAAUUAAUAAAAUUGUUUUUAUGAAAUCUAAUAUGGAAAUAUUAGUUAUCCUCUGGGUUAGGGACACAAAUGUCUCGGAUACAAAAAAACCAGACGCUAACGUCCAGGGACGCCAAUUACUGGGAUGCAAUUGACCGGGACACGAUUGACCAGGACGCAACUGUCCUACAUAAUUUGGGUUGGGAGGGGGUUCAAAGUAUCAAGAAUCCUGAUUAUUGUCUAGUCUGUAAUGUUUUAACAUUAUAUUUCAGGCACCUGGACAUGAUGGUUUCGACUCAAAGGGUUGACUGUGAGGCCAUGCAGCCUUUGCUACAGUUUGUCUAGUAUAUGUAUAAACAAUGCUCCACAUUAAACAUAUGAAUAGGG